AUGUAUUCAAAACAAUUAAGUCUUGGAACAAAAAGAAGGAGAGUACAAUCAGAAAUUGACUUCAUUUAUAAACAUAAACCAAGUUGUUCCAAAUCAAGUUCUGAAUCAUCUAAUAAUAGUAUUGAAUUAAAUAAUGAAGUAUUAGAUAAUAUUGAAUAUCUCCCAGAACUAGGUCAAACUAUUAUCCUAGAAAAUUCCGAUCCAUCUGUACGAUUUACUAAUAUAUCCAAUAAGCACUUUUCAAGUAAUGAUGGUGUAUGUCUUGAAGAAAAUAUAAAUGAUCGUAAUAAUAUAACUGAUUUUACAUUAACUCAAAAUUUAGCAAACUGGGCUGUGAAGUGCAAUGUCCCUUUAAAUACUGUGAGUUCAUUACUAGGUGUAUUAAAACCAUAUGAAGGUAUUCGUAUGCCAUUUAUUCCUAAAGAUGGCCGUACACUUUUAAAUACUGUCAACAUUUCAUCUUCACAAUUUGAAAAACAAGAUAUUAAUGUGCAACUAGGUUCACCUCAUUCAGACGUAUCAAGUGUGUUAUAUGAUGCCAGUCAAAGAUUGAUUGAACCAAAACAAACCAUGUCUGCUCCUGUGGUUGAUGUCAUAAAUAAUAAGAAUAAUGCAGCAAUUACUACUAUAUUAGAAACUCAGAACAAAAUGUUAAGGAUAGUUAUGGAUAUGAAACACAGCAUACAUAAUUUAUCUUUAAAACUUAAUAUUAUUGAAAAUAAUCAAAUGGAAAUAAGUAACAAUUCUAAAAACAACAUGAUGCCAGUUUCUUAUGUUUCUGAAUUAACAACUUAUAAUUUUCCUAUAAAAACUGAAGAAGAACUUCAAGAAUUUGAGCUUAAAUUAACUGAAUUACCUUAUAAACUGAGACUAGUUAAUGAAUUAACAAUACUUGCGAGAGAUACUGUCAAUAAUACUCUAAGACGAAUGUUAUCAAAACUAUUCCACAACACAUUAUUAUCUACAUAUUCUUAUAUUGGAAAAAACAAAAAGAAACCAUUCCAAAGUUUAAAUGCGAAUAAAGUUAUUUUUGAAUCAAUUCGAAAAAUUACAAAAUUUGAAAAAGCAACUGAUUUUGAAAUUGAAACUCCAAUUAAACAUUACCUAGCUGGAGCGAAAUUUCGUGAACAAGGUAAAAAGAAUUCAAUAUAA